AGCGAGCGAGCGAGCUCUCCGCUGGCGCUGGAAUCUUGGGCCUGGGUCGAGCCCGAGGCGACGGGGCUUGCUUUUUAUCUUCGUGCUUUUUGAACGCUCGUCCUGGGAGGAAGCGGCCCUCCGGGGAGCGGAGCGGCGGGUGCCAGGGCCGCCCGCGGCUGGGGCCCGGUGGCAUCGGGACGUGCAGGCCUCGGAGCGGCACGCCGGAGGGACCGCUCCUUUGAUGAAAACGAGCGUGGUCCCUUCUGUUAGAGUCGGAUUUGACACUUGUAUCUGUAUUGUCAUUGGGGGGAAAACAACUCUUUCUCUUGCAAAGGCAGCCUUUUUGGUUAUUCUUAUAGUCUGCAACGUCCAUCUCUUUAUUUGCAUCUCCCCACAGGCAUGUAAGAACUGAUAUGACUGUAGGCAUCGCAGUUGAAGUACACUUGCAUGUACAUUAAAUAUUGAAACAAAACAGUAUGAAGCCAACCUUUGUGAACUAUGAAAUGUGUCAUUUGUUUGAAAGCUCGAAUAUCUGACUUUAAUUUCUUUUUAGUUUUAGAAUGGAGAAUAGUCUGCCUACUUCUGUAGGGUUGUCUAAUGAUGCUGCUGUGAAACAAAUACAGAAGAUUAUUUCAGACAACUGUGUGGUGAUUUUCUCUAAAACAACAUGCUUCUACUGCAAAAUGGCAAAAAAACUUUUUGAGGAUAUGAAUGUAAAUUAUACAGCUGUAGAACUGGACAUGAAUACAAAUGGAAGUCAGUUCCAGGACAUUCUUGAACAGAUGACUGGUGGCAGAACAGUCCCGAGAGUGUUUGUCAAUGGGACUUUUGUUGGAGGUGCUACAGAUACUCAAAGGCUUCAUGAGGAAGGCAAACUGCUUCCAUUAGUUCAUCAAUGUCAAGUGAAAAGAAAAUCUUCAACAGCCAUCUAGCUUAGCUUAGUCUUUCUUUGUACAAACAGAAUUUCAGACAAGUUAGAAGAUCACAAAGAUACACUGCAUCAGCUGGACUCAACAACUUCAAGCCAUGGAUUCCUGAAUCGUAGAUCAUUCUCAAAUAACACAGACUUUAUGGACUUGGCAAAUUACUUGGUGUCCUUGCCUCAGCUUUACCACAACAAAAAUGGUGAUUAAAAAACAUUAUGUAACUCUUGGGGCUCUAAGUGUGAGAUAGUGAUGUCAUCUUAUUGCUGUUACAUCCUGGUACUAUGCUUCGGAGAAGUAUAAACUGUACAAGAAGAAUCCUGGGGGGGGUUCUGCAAAUCAGCUUGCUCUCUAGCUUUGUUCCAAGAGUUACAAUAAAUGGUCAGUCUGAUUUAAUGGUUCCUUUAAGUUUAAUUCUUCUCUGAAUGUUAAAAUUGUAAUUGUGAAGAAAGCAGGAAGCAAAAAAAGUUUGUAGCAGUAUUGCUGUAUGCAUGUCUGCCUCUUACAUUUCAGUGACUGAUCACCUAGCUACCAAAUUGUCUGUCCAGUUGCUACAGAAAAGGGAAUAAAGAGUCUUGCACCUUUAGAGAGGUAGGUAAUUGCUUUCAUCUUCACCCUGCACUAUGAAGUAUCAGUCUAUACAGCGUCAUUCAGGAAUAGCCUAGGGGAACCAGACAGCUUGCUGUCCUAAACUGUGCCGUUACAAACUACAUUAUGAUCAAUCCAACACUGUUAUGAAAUUUCAGACCACGUAAAAUAGGUCUAAUAUGCAUAGAGUUUAUUUAGCACUUAAAUUCUACAGUCAGAAUGCAGUUUACUAGCGAUUUUAACUUGCAGUUAAAUGUUUAAAAGAAAUGUCUAAAUUCAAUAGUUUCAGUACAAUGUACAUCCAAAGCCAGACCAGGCAGUGUCAAGACUCUUAGUUAUUUGAAGAAAGUUCAGGUGCAAGUAGAAAAUUAUAUCCCAUUCUUCAGUAAAAGGGACCAUUACACUACUAAAGGUGCAUAGUUCAGAAUAAAAACAUUAGUCAAUGAAUUUUUAUUCACUUCUUGUGAAUAACACUCCUGUUAUUUCCACUGCUUUCAGCGCUGCAUGCACCUAAACUACUUUUUUCCCCUCAAGGGAAAAAAGUGUCAUGCUUAUCUUCAACUCCAGAUAACUAGGACCAUAAGAGCAUCACUUAAAUUUGACAGCUUCAUUUUUGUGAUGCGGGUUUGAAGUAAGUUUGAACUGCACCAUUUGUAGAAAGUCUUUAGUAUAUAGUUGUCUGAACUGUGCAUCUUCAACAUGUAAUGAGCUAAUUGAACACACUGACCUCAUUAUAUUUUUAUUAUUGAGGUUUACUGUAUUUUGCUACUUUCAUUGCUGCCUUAUUAAAAUUUUGUUUACAGGGACACGCUCAUCAAGGUAAAGACACACAAAUGUGCAUCUCUAAAUUUAUACUUAAUAAAGCAAUUUAUUUUGCACA